GUAUCAACAACAGGAAGUAAGAAAACACAAUUAAAUGUCACAGAAAUGACACUUGACAGAAAGAGGAAGUGCACGACGGCUGCCCGAAAUACCACGGAGCACAGUUUAUAUCAGCUGAUAAUAUUGUUUUACAUCAAACAUUUGUGUUUCUCCUCUGCCUAUCCACGCCCCCCUCUCCCUCCUCCUCCCCCCGUCUGUCUGUUCUCCUCUACCUGGUGUGAGGGGAGGAGCCUGUGGUUAUGGUUAAUGAUUCAACGCCACAGAAUGACAGAAAGAGAAAGAGGAGGAAAGAAAAUGAGGGUGAGAGAGUGAGAAAUUAGCAGAGGGCGAGACAUGGCGGAGUGAGCUCAGAGGCUGAGCUUCCAGUCGCUGCAGGUGAGCAUCUGCUCAGGUGUGUGUCCACCGCGUCUGUCCCGGAGACAAACUCAACACUCUGCUUCUACUGAGGCUGGACCACGUCAGGAGUUCAGGGUCAGGGUUUCCUGGGGUCCUGCAGUCCAUGCAGCCUUGUGGACCGAGCAGACACUUGUCCCCUCUCUGGACCACAUAAUGUCCCCAGCCAUGGAAAAGCAAAUAGAGGAAUUGAAGAAGCAGCUGGAGAAACAAUGUCAGCUCAACCAGGAGCUGCAGAAGCAGAACAAAGACCUGGAAAAACGUCUCAAAGAGAAAGAACAACAUUUACAGGAGCUACAGAGCCAAUUCCCAGACAUAGAGUUUCCAUCUGACGACGGAAAUGAGACCGAGGCUGAGGUCAGGAAGAGCCGAGCCGCUGUCAUCGCCCCUGAACCUCUGCCUGAGACUCUUUCUGAGAUUUCACGCAACACAGUCAGGAAAACUUUCAGCGAGACGAGUCUGAUCGUCAGAGCCAUCCAGAAGAACGACUUUCUGAGCCGCCUGGACGACGAACAAACGGCCAUGAUGGUGGAUCUGCUGGUGGUGUACAACUUCAAACCAGGAGAGGACGUCAUCAAGGAGGGCUCUGAGGGCGACAGCAUGUACAUAGUGGCAGCUGGAGAACUCCUCGUCACUCAGGGUGGCCGGGACCUCAGGGCUCUGACCACCGGUGACGUGUUUGGAGAGUUGGCCAUUCUGUACAACUGUAAACGGACGGCAACGGUCAAGGCAAAGACAACGGUGCGUCUGUGGUGCAUGGAGCGACAGACCUACAGGACCAUCAUCACCAACAAGUCCAAGAAGAGACGAGAGCAGCUCCUGGGCUUCCUGAAGACGUCUCGUACUCUGAAGGACCUGAACGAUGUCCAGCUGUCCAAGAUCAUUGACUCCAUGGAGGAGGUGAAAUACCAGGACAAAGAUGUCAUAGUGCGAGAAGGAACUGAAGGGAACACGUUCUACAUCAUCCUCAAAGGAGAGGUCCUGGUGACUAAGAACAUUAAUGGGGUUCAGAAGCAGAUUCGCAGGAUGGGGAAAGGAGAACAUUUCGGUGAACAGGCCCUCAUACGUGAGAUUCUAAGAACCGCCACCUGCACAGCUGACGGCCCUGUGACCUGCUUCACCAUUGACAAGGAGGUAUUUGAGGAGACAAUCCCUGUGGAACACUUGGAACUGUUUGAUGACUCCAAAGUGCUGCAGGAGGCACGGGUUCCAGCCAAGUCCAGUCCACUCUCCUCCACCCUGAGGUUCAAGGAUCUGGUUCCUGUGCAGUACCAGGAGGGUCGCUAUCAGGGGGAUCCAGUCACACUUGGAGUGGGAGGUUUUGGUCGUGUGGAGCUCAUGACCACCGUGAAUCAUGGGAAAUAUUACGCGGUGAAACGAGUCAGCAAGAAGCACAUUGUUGCCAAGAGACAGGAGGAGCACAUGCUGUUUGAGAAGAAGAUCCUAAAAUCCACGCAGUGUGACUUCAUCGUCAGACUCCAUGCUGCGUUCAAAGACACACGGUACAUCUACAUGGUGAUGGAGUUCUGCGGCGGGGGGGAAAUCUGGACCAAACUGAAAGAAGUUGGACGCUUCGAUGAGCCCGUUGCUGUUUUCUGCACUUCCUGUGUGGUGGAGGCCUACGCCUACCUCCACAAGAAGAACAUCAUGUACAGAGACCUGAAGCCAGAGAACCUGAUGCUGGACGUUCGAGGCUACGUUAAACUUGUGGACUUUGGAUUUGCUAAGGAAAUGGUCCGAGGAGACAAGACCUACUCAUUUGUUGGAACACCUGAGUACAUGGCGCCAGAGAUUAUCAAGAACCAGGGACACGACUUUGCAGUCGACUUCUGGUCCCUCGGCAUCUUGAUCUAUGAGCUGCUGGUAGGAAGUCCUCCAUUUUCCAGUUCAGAGCCACAGAAGAUUUAUGCCAAAAUCCUGGACGGAGUGAUGAAGUACCCACCCUACAUGAGUGAAGCAGCCAGGUCCGUCAUCAGUAAGCUGUGCAGACCUCGGCCGGGUCAGAGGUUAGGUAACACCAAAAAUGGAAUCAAAGACGUCCGGCAUCACAGGUGGUUUGGCAACAUGAACUGGCACAAACUCCGGAUGUGUCAACUCGACCCUCCAACAGUCAAACUCAUACGCAAGGGCCCCAGCUACAUCAACUUUGAUCGGUUCCCUCUGGACCAGACCAAGGCAGACGAGGAGUUCUCCGGCUGGGAUCGUGAUUUCUGAUUGUGACCCCUGAGUUUGAAGGGAGCAAAGGUCACAGGAGGAGAAUAAACUCCCCACUGAAUUAAAUAAGAACCACCAUUAGAGUAGCUAGGGAUGAGCUCAUUGCUAUGUGAGCAGCAACUCCGACCAUCGAGAAAACAAAACAAAGAUGUAAAAACCAAUGUGAUCAUUUAGAAACUGAGGAUUUUUCUCCAGAUUUCAUUCUGCAAAUGCCGGGCAAUCAGCCAAAAAUGUUUGUACAUUCUGUUUCCAGACUGUUGUUGGCGUCAUCCAUAUGACACCCUUCACUGAUUAGAAUAAAACAGCCGUCCCAGAGCUGCGGGAGGAUAAAGGGCUGAGUCAUACGGAGACAAAUGAGCUGAAAAUGUGUUGUCGUAUCUAUAUCGUAGUUUCUAUAUAGAGUUUAUUUUUCUCUGUGGAAUUUAGGGAUAAACUGAUCAGCGUUUAUCAGUUCAGAGAAGGUGAAAACACAAAGAAGACAUUUACUAUUGUUGUUUUUGACAGAACUAAUCUUCGUGUCUUUACUGAAACACUCCUCUACUCAGAUUACAGUCGGUUGAACAAAUGAUGGGACACUAUGAAGAAACAUUGUGAUGUUUUGAUAUUUAAUAAAUGAAACCAUGUCGUUGUA